UGUAUUUUUACUGCAUCACGCUAUUGUUGGUUGACGUGGACAGUCUAGCUUAUCCAUAGACAAAUGUUGAUUCAAGUCGCCCUUUGUUGUUUAAUUGCAUUAUGCAGCUGUGAGAAUGGAGAUAAAUUUCUAGAAUCAAAGAAAUACAGUAAGGGAGACGCCAUUUUGUGGUACAUGCUUCAAAAACUUCACCUUGAUGAUAAAAGAAUAGGGGAAAUACAGAAAUCUAUUCAUAAAAUGCAGACGAGUCCAAACUUACCUUUAGAAAGACACCCUGAUAACAAGAAUCAGGUCAAUGAUGCUUUCAAGAAAUCGAUUGCGGAUCUUCGUACUAACAUUAAACUUGUGAGGACCAAAUUCAAGAGUGCUUCAAUUCUCAAUCGAAACAAAAUUGAUCUGAUCAUUUCAACACAAAAGAAUGAGACUGUUGCAAUCAGUGGCCUCAAAAAAACCAUAUCAAAUCUGGAAAAAGAGUUACGAGAUUUAAAACAAAAUCUCAAUGUACGAAAUCCGUUGAUGAAAGACGGGUAUAUUGGUUGUUUCCAAGAUAACGGAAAGCGCCAAUUAAAAUAUAGAAUAAAAUACUUCAGUGACACAACUCUUUUGAAGUGUAAACAACAUUGCCAUGGUUACAAGUAUGUCGGUUUGCAGGAUGGAAGUUGUUGUCUUUGUGGUAAUGGACCGAUUGACCCCUCUUUUCCACGAAUUCCCGACAAUCGAUGCAAUAAGCCGUGUCCAGGAGAAAAAUUCCGGAUGUGUGGAGCUGGAUACAUUAACUCUCUAUACCGAGUGUGAGCAUACCAAGAGAACAAAGAAGUCAAAGAAAACAAGCUAGUUCAGGAUUAAAAUUUGUCUUUAA